AUGGCCUCCUUCCUUACCCGUGGCAAAAAGAUCGUAGCGAUCGGCCGCAACUAUGCCGCACACGCCAAGGAGCUCAACAACGCCGUGCCUACCGAGCCGUUUUUCUUCCUCAAGCCCACCACGUCGUACAUCGCCAACAACGGCACGGUCGAGAUCCCCAAGGGCAUUGUUGCGCACUACGAGGUGGAGCUGGGCGUGGUGAUUGGCUCUGCACGCGUGCGCGACGUGAGUGCGGCCGAGGCGAUGCAGCACGUUGCGGGCUACACGCUGUCGAUCGACAUGACGGCGCGCAACCUGCAGGACAAGGUCAAGUCCAAGGGACUGCCGUGGUCGUCGGCCAAGGGCUUCGACACCUUCACGCCCACUUCGGGCUUCAUCGACAAGUCGCGCGUGCGCGAUCCGAGCCAGCUCAAGCUGUGGCUCAAGGUGAACGACGAGCUCAGGCAGAACGGUCCGACGCGCGACAUGAUCUUUGGCAUCCCCGAGCUGAUCGAGCACGUGUCGAGCAUCAUGACGCUCGAGGAGGGCGAUCUCUUGCUCACCGGCACGCCGCAGGGCGUGGGCGAGGUCAAGCACGGCGACACCAUGUACUGCGGCCUCGAGGACCAGUCGGGCAACCUGCUGGAGCAGCUCAAGAUCGACGUGGCCAACCGCGUCGGCGGCUACGAGUUCAAGCUUUAG